AUGGAUCCCUGUAGUAUGGUGUAUAGCUGCGAGCCCGCUCGGUCCAUGAUUAUAGAUAUCGUUAUAAGUGUCUCGUUUCAAUGGUUUUGCACGUCGUUAAGCAUUCAACUCAUCAUCUCUAAGAACACCACAUCCAUUUGCUUUCGAGGCAUGGCUACGAACGUCACUCAAAGUACUCUGCAGCUGAUUUUCCUCAACUCAUGUGUUGCUCUCUGCAUAACACCCACACUAACGGCUGGAUUUGGUGUCCAGAUUCAGAACGAAGUGUCGGGGCCGAUAAAUUUACGUUGUCAUGAUAAGACGGGCGCAGUCAAGGAGAAAGUUCUUCCUGAAAUGAAAUGUGAAACUUGGGAAUUCACUGAACCCGAAAUUUGGACUUGUGAUUUUCUGUGGAGGUUUUCGAUGAGGCAGCUGAGGCAGUGUUUUCAGGUUUUUAAGCACGAUAAUUUCACUCCUUAUCUGUUCUGCAAUAUGUGCAUAUGGCGAGUAAGGAUGCAGGGCUUUGAAAUUAAACUAUCAGAUGGCACCUUCUUGCAUGUCUUUGACUGGCAGGCGGUUGUCGACUCCAGGCAGCUCUAAUGUUCUUGCUCUGAGGGAUUUCAGCCUCUCUAUGAGUCCCUGUUCCUACUUUGAGAUUCUUUUGGUAGAAACUUCAACUCAGCCAGGACGGAGCAGCGCUUGGAGAUCACAGAGUCAUCAUUGAUGCAGACUUUCAAUGCAUUCUAUUCCUUCAAUCUGCC